AUGGCUACGCAUACUCCCACGCUCAGUCAGGCAGUCAGGGCUGCAGCUCAGCCACCCGACACCCACGAAACUCCAGGCGUCUCGUCACGCCGCUUGAAGAAGCGGGAAAUCGACCGACGAUGCCAACGUCAAGCUCGCGAACGGACCAAAUCCCGCAUCGCCUACCUCGAGGGCCUCGUGGAAGAGUUCCGCCGCCAGGACUCCAGCGGUCAAGUGGCCACACUGUUGAAGCAAUUGAAAGAGGUGGAGUCGGAGAGAGACCUCAUGGCCAAAACCCUGAAGGACAUCCAAAAGGCCAUGCAGUCACACAAGCCACUCAAACCGAUCGAGGAGGAGGAGGACGACAAGAGCUCCUUGCUCAUGGCGAGGAUGGCCUACGAAGGGGCCAGUGUCGAGCGGAGAUCGAGUCAGACGCCUGUGCGAGACGACGCUGCUCUCGCCUUCCCGCCCGAACCUGCUGAAAUGCCGUCAGGAAGCAGUCCGGCGAGGAAUUUCGACCUCGCCACGUUCUCGCCGGCACCGAGCUUACCAUUGCAGUCUCAAGAUCUUCUCUUUGCACCGGAAGUGGUGCCCCUGCAGUCCGAUGGGAUCCACUCGCCCACCCAGGUCAUGGUGCAGGCGAAAGGGGUGCAGGAGCCGAACCCGAUGCCGAGCAACUGGAACGAGAACUGGGCUGUCCCGCGACGCUCCUGCUCUUGCAACAGCUGCCACGAUCGUCGCCCCGGCCGUCGUUCCGUCUGGCGGGGAAACUACUGGCGCUACGCGAACGAAGUGCUAAGCGAACGCUUUGACUGGAACGAAGAAGUGGCCCCAGAAUCCGAUGAAAUGUGUGACGACGUCCCAAUCCGUGCCAUGAUCGAGGGAUGGGAUGCCGUGGCCAAGAGAGCUCCCUUGCACCCGUCGUGGAAAAUCCUGCGCCGGAUCGACGAGACCUUGUUCGCCAUGUGUCCCAACACCGAGCGUCUCGCCAUUCUGCGAGCCAUGCACACGCUGUUACAAUUCCACACGGCCUCGACCUUCGACCGCUAUGCACGGCUCCCACCAUGGUACAUGCGCCGCCCGUCCCAGAAGAUUGCUCAUUCCUACGCCAUCGACUAUUUCGCGUGGCCCGGCGUGCGGGAACGUUUCAUCUUCAACGAGCACGAUUACUGCGGCAAUGAAUUUUGGCACUUGUUCUGCAAGUCCUUUCGCAUCCUGUGGCCGUACGAGUUCCGAGACUGCUAUACUCGAGAAAUCGAGACCGGGCUGUACAAGUUCUCGCCCAUGUUUGAUCAGCGACUGAGGGACAUCAAGGCUUGGACCAUGGGCCCAGAUAUCUUCAACAGGUUUCCCGAGUUGUAUAGCGACAUGCCAACAUUCAAUCACAUUCCCCAGUCUCCAUGUUCGUCUGCAGGCAGCGUGAUGGCUACACAAGGGCAGCCUCACACGCAGAAGACGAGGUUGCUUCCACCGACUGCGUCGCCAAAGACGGCCCAGUCCCAGACGGGCUACGUGAUCGAGGAGGAUGAGGACGAAGUCAAACCACCUCCGGCAGGCAGCCAAUUCAUCCCCGUCGAGAACCUGCAUGCACACGUCGUCCAGACACCUCAGCAACAUCCCCACCACGAACACCACCGGCAGCAGUCUUAUCACCCAGGGUCAGCUUUGAAUCCCCAUGCGUACAACCCAGCAGACUUCAACACGGUGAUGGCUCUCGAUGCUUUUACAUACGGUGCGAUUAGUGAGGCGGACUUCGCGUCUGCAUAUCAUUCUGACUCAAUGGAAGGGUAUCCGAAUCUGAUCUUUUGA